AUGAUCACCUGGGGAGAUGGCGUUAAUUGGGAAAUCGGACAAUUUGGAGCGUUUCAAUCGAUUUUCGAAGAUUCAUUUUUAUAUCAACGAGAUUUGCUAUCUCCUUCAUAUUAUAUUAAAGAAUUGGAAGUUUCAAGAGGAGAACACGAAGAUGGUGUAAGUUUAACAAACAUGUUUCAUGAAAAAGGAAUAAUUCAAACCGGACCAAACUUUGGGUGUAGAAAAACUUGCGAAACUCAUUUUUUCUCAAACGCGAUCCCAUUCCGGAAUUUUCUGCGACUCGAAACGAAUCGAUUUUCAGACGAAAUUCUAUAAAAUGGUUUUCAAAUCAAGAAACAACAAUGCGGAAUAUGCCACGUUUACAGCAACUUUUGAAGAUCGAGGAGAUCCUAAUAAUUCAAUAAAAAAAUCAACAACAUUGUUAAGUAUUGAUAAAGGAAAUGCAAUUAGUCAAAUGAAAGAACAUUAUGAUAUUUUGGAUUAUUCUUCGAUGUGUGAAAGAUGGAUUAUUGAUGCGAUUUUUACUAGAAAUUAUCUUAUAGUUCAAUUAAUUCUGAUUUCGGUGAGAAACUUCGAUCUGACUGAAUCUAAGUAGUUAUUCAGCCACCGAAGUGCAAUAAUUCAAUUCCGAAGAUUUACAAUAUUGAAUGUAUUGAUAUUCGAACAAAUGAAGAUGAAGAUGAUGAAUUCUAUGUUCAAAACUGGUUGACAUAUUUUAGAACAACGGAUAUAAAAAGACCGGAAUGUCUUAUUAUCACAUCACAUUUUAAUAAAAUGAUGAUAAGUCAUCAUGAAAUGGUUAGUUGAAUUGAAUUUAAAAUAAUGAAUAAUGAUUUGUAGUUACGGACAACUUCAAAAAUUGAGCUGAAUGGGAAAUUUGAUAUCAGAACAAAUACGAUAAGGACUUUUGAUGGAAUGUAUUUCUUCUGGAGAAACAUUGAUGAAUCUCAGAAAAUAAAACUGGCUGAUUUGCAAAACUUGUGCAAGAAUUUUAUAAACUUGAAAAGAAUUAAAAAAGAUCGAACAAAUAAUAUGUUUAAAUCAAGGAAGUGAAAAAGAAAAACAAGAAAUGAAUAAAUGGCUGAUUGAAGAAUAUGGAGCAAGUUCUUCUGAACAUCAAGAUUACCUAAUUAUUCGAGAAAAUCCAGAUGAAUAUUGUUUUGCAUUUUUUAUGAAAGAAAACAAAACGGUUUUUGGAUCAACCGAAACUAUUUCGCUUUUUGAAAAAUUAUUUUGAUCUUCUUUUUUUAUGAAAAUUACAUUGUUUGGUCUACCCGCUAAAAAUCUUGAAUUUAUCAAGGAAAACUAUAAUUUCUCGAUGUUCCAUCAUUUUCUUUGAAGGCAAAUCACAAUCGAAACAAUGUCGUCGUGGGGAGAUGAUGUGACAUGGCAAAUCGGAGAAUUUGGCGAAUUUGAUCGACAAUUCAGAGCACUUUGUAAUAUGCGUAUUGAUAUUGGGCCAACUGAAUGUUUUGUUGAGAUUUUGGAAAUCAAAAGAGGAAAACAUCCAGAUGGUGUAAGUUAUUUUCCAGUGAAUAGAAAAAUAAGAUACCUUAUUUCAUUUUUCAGACAAAAUUCUACAGAAUGAUUUUCUAUCCGAACAACUACAGAAUGAAUGAUGAUAUCAAAUUUAUAGCGACUUUUGAAGAUCGAGGAGAUCCUAAUAAUUCAAUAAAAAAAUCAACAACAUUGUUAAGUAUUGAUAAAGGAAAUGCAAUUAGUCAAAUGAAAGAACAUUAUGAUAUUUUGGAUUAUUCUUCGAUGUGUGAAAGAUGGAUUAUUGAUGCGAUUUUUGUUCGGCAGUAUAAUAUUAGUCAUCUUGUUAUUUGUUCGGUGAGUUAAUUACCUAAUUGAAAUGAACUAAUUCUGGAAUUCUGGAAGGAAGAUAAUAUAUAUGUUACAGCCGCCAAAAUGUAACAGUUCGAUUGAGAAAAUAUGCAAGAUUUACACGCUAGAAAUUCGCGCUGAGGAAGAUGAAAAAGAUAUUGGAUAUGUCAAAUAUUGGUUGACAUUUCUUACACCUCAAUGGGAUUGCCCGAAACCUCGAACAAUUAUUAUAAAUUCACCUUUUGUCGAAAUGUCAGUAGCUAGUGAUCAAAUGGUAACGUGUAUUCUAAUUCUAGUAUAAUUUAAUUUUAAAAUAUGUUUUUUUCAGUUGGCUAUGACUGCGAAAGUCGAAUUGAAUGGUUUGUUUGAUAUCAAACAUCUUUGGUUCGUAGAAUUCGGUGGAAAGUGUUUUAUUUGGAAAAAUAUGGAAGAACGAAGAAAACUGGGAACUACAAUAUUCCAAACUUUGUCGAUUCUCUUUAAAGAAUCCGAAAGACAUCGAACAAUAUAUUUGGAACAAGGAAGUGAUGAAGAAAAUCGAAGAAUAAAAGAGUUUCUUGAAGAAAAUUUAGGAGAAAAUAUGUCAAAUGAUGGUGGUUAUCGAUUAGCCGAAGAAGAUGAUUAUUCGUUUUUUGCAUUUUAUAUGACGGAAAAUUGGACUGUUUUUGGAAGAUUUCCAGAUGAAUCGCUUUUAGAUGUGAAAAAUGUUGUGGAUUGGGAUUCUGACGAUUUUUGA